UUGAGUGCAUCCUCGGGUCAUGGCGAGCGCAGCUCCAGCUGAGAACGUGGACCAUGAGUUGAGCUGCUCCAUCUGCCUGGACACGUUUGACUGCCCCUCCACACUCAGCUGCGGCCACUCGUUCUGCCUCCAGUGCCUGGAGGACGCCUGGAAGGAGACAGACUCCUACUGCUGCCCGCAGUGCCGCAAGACCUUCCCUCGACGACCCCAGCUGACCAGGAACGUGACGAUCGCCAACCUCAUAGAGCAGCUGCGAGUGACUGAGACCAUGGCUGCUGCUGCUGCUGGUGUUGUUUUCUGUGACCACUGCCCAGAAGGCAAGACGCCUGCAGUGAAGACCUGCCUCAAGUGUGAGAUGUCCUUCUGCACGGAGCACCUCGCGCCUCACCUGGAGAGGGUGAAGUUGAAGGACCACGUCCUGGUGGCUCCGAUUGCGAACCUGGAGCAAAGAAGAUGCAUGAAACAUAAACAGGAGCUCAUGUUCUACUGCAAGCAGGACGUGAGCCUCGUGUGCAUGGCCUGCACCAUCACCGGAGAACAUAGAGGGCAUGAUGUCGACACGCUGGAAGAUGAGCACGAAACACGAAAGAGUGGAGUCGGAGAGGAGAUGCGAGCGGUGGAAGAGAAGAGGAGGGAGGCGGAGGCGUCCGUUGAACGGAUGGAGGCCGCUCGCAAGGACGUGCAGGAUUCCAUAGUCCAGACCAAGGCUCGCAUCUCAGACGAGUUCACCUGCAUGAGGGCGACGCUGGAUGAGGAUGAGAGGGUUGCUCUGGAUCGCGUGGACGUGAAGGGGCGUGCGCUGCUGUCCUGGAUCGAGAAGAACAUCGCUCAUUACGAGCGCGAGAUCAGCGAGCUCCAGGCAGCAGCCACGCGCCUGCGCGCUCUGCAGGAGGAGAGGGACUCGCUCACGUUCCUGCAGGUUCACCUGAAGGAGACAAACAGGAUAGAUACUUGGAAGGGAGCUGCACACUCAUUUCCCAGCGAAGAAGACAUUGAAACGAUCAGCGCCCUGCAGGGAGCUGUGGUCAGACUGCUGGCGUUCAUGUAUGGAUGCUCGCCGACUCUGGACCCAAACUCAGCCCAUGACGAACUUCAGACCUCCUCGGAUCUCAGGACGGUGACGUGGAUCGGUGUCGCCCAGGGUCGCUCCGAUCACCCACAACAAUUUGAUCGCUAUUACCAAGUCCUGUGCUCUGAGAGCUUCUCGUCGGGCCAGCACUACUGGGAGGUGGAUGUGGGGGCCGUGGGAGAAUGUCGGGUUGGAGUCGCGUACGGGACGAUCGCACGGAAAGGGUAUGGUGAUGAGUGCGAGCUGGGACAGAAUGACUCCUCCUGGGUUUUAUAUAAAAAUGAGAACAUCUGCUGCAUGGUUCAUGGUGGUGUCGGCACCUCACUGCCAAUGAGGGAGCCUCCCCGGAGAGUCGGGUGUCACCUGCACUGGGAGGCGGGGCUGCUGUCGUUUUACUGUGCCGACUCCAUGCAGCUGUUGCACUCCGUUCAUCACUCAUUUAGUCAGUCUCUCCACCCUGCACUGGGUGUAUGGGGUGAUGCCGAUGACUCAGUAAGGAUUCUGGAUCUGAGUCGUGCAUCCUGAGAGCACGGAGUGUUGGUAGCGCAGAGAACAGGCACAACGCACAUACUCAUGCACACAAGUGUAGCGGCAUCGUUGAACGUUGAGUGUAACUGCCGCUGUAGUAACAACCUUGAGCCAACAGGGGGCAGAAGGGAAGCCGAUGAAAAUGAGUCAGUCCGUUAGGCCAAGGUAAACCCCAGUGUAGCUCGAGACCAGGGGUACAGACCCCAGACCCCCAAGAGGGGGGAUGCAGGAUAACGUCACGCUUCAGGCCCCUUCAGACGGUUCCAGAAGGGAGGAGAGGCUAGGGGUGGAGUGAGCCAGAAACCGGUGUAAAAGCCAGUCCCCUAAACUGGACCGGCAGUCGUCGUUUACCUGAAGACCGAAGAGCCACCUCAGAGACCUGGAGCUGCCACCUGGAAGACCCCAAGCGAAGAGCUCAAAUGGCAGAACCCAAACCACUGGCUAG